UCCUCGGCGACGGCACCAGUGGGCCCACGACUUCUGCCUCGAGCACACCUGGCGCUUCGGCCUCGAGCACCAGCUCUACGACAACCAAUGGUCAGACGGACACCAGCAGCACCCAGUCGGUCAACGGCCAGACGACGACUUCGACCACCCCGAGCAAGCCGGCAGUGCUGCCGCCGAGCCAGCCUGGUGUCCAGGCGUCUUCCAACAAAACGGCGUCUUCCACGACUACGCAUGCCAGUGGUGUCGCUUCGCCCGUCAUGGUUGGCGUCGAGACAAGCAUUGCCGCCGUCCUUGCCGCCGCCCUGGCCCUCUUCUGAUCUAGUUCUCCAGCCGCUUCUCCCCGACGAUCUCUUCAAGGCCCUCUCCCUCCCUCCCUCUUUAUUAUCUAGCCCCUCCUUGACAACAAGAGACCCCGUUCCUCCCUUCUAAAUGCACGUCCUCACCUAUAGCCUCUUCCCGAGAAUACCAAAGAGCAUCUUGGUAUUUCUCGUUGGAUCCGCCACCUGUCCCGUUCUCCGUGACAACAUG